AUUAGUAGUUCGAACUGUUUGGGUAUGGACCUGGAAAGUAUGACAUUACUUUGCAGGCUAUCUCUGCAGUAGACUGCAACUCCUCCCCCUUUGGCAGUUCUAUCUUGACGGAAGAUGUUAUAGUUAACUGAGAAUCAGAGAGUACUGUAUGCUGCCACACCUAGACAGUCAUGGAGAGAGAUGGCUAAGUAUGGGAGACAGACAGAUAGUAGGUUGAGAUGUAGGCUAGGUAGUGAGACAGACCAAAAACAUAUCAGCAAUAGCCUAAGCUGAACACAGAAAUGGAGAGACCGAUAGUGAAAUAAAUAGUGUGAGGGCAAGAAUGAGAUUGGGAGAGAUCCUUAGACAACACAGCCUUAUUGUUGGCCUGCUCUGUUGUAAUGGCAUUUCCUGCUGCACUCCAUGGGUAGAGAAAACGCUCAUGAAAACAAACCGAAUUAAAGCUGCAAGCAGCAUGGCCGGGGUUGAUGACUUUGGGUCACACAGGGUGCGGGGGAUGACCUUACAAAGUUAGCAUGUUCAAUCGCUUGUUUUAGCGCAACCAUGUGGCCAAUUGGCAUGGUAUCGCUUGAGCGGAUGUGGCCCUUGGGCCUUUACCAUGCUAAAUUGCACAAUCCUGGGUCUUAUAAUCUCAGGGGAAUUUGCAUUUUUUUUCACCAAAAUGGCAGGUAGCCUAGUAGUUAGUGCGUUGGGCCAUUAACCGAAAAUGUUUCUGGAUCAAAUCCCAUCGCUGACAAGGUAAAAAUCUCUCGGCCUACCCUUGAACAAGGCAGGUAACCCACUGUUCCCCGGUAGGCCGUCAUUGUAAAUUUAGAAUGAGUUCUUUACUCUCUCAAGACAUCUCGUGGCCCUUUUUGGGAGCUUUUGUCUAAUUUUGUCUUUAAUUAUCUCUGUCCCUCUGUGUGGCCUUUAUUAUAUGUAAAAUAUAUGAAAUAGUUCAAUAAGAUGAAUUGAAAAUAGAAAAUAAAAUUACCUCUGUAAAACUGUAUCCUAAAUACAGACUUUCAAUUUAGUGAAUACCGUUGGUGGUUUAAUAUAAGGGUUUCUGCAAUAUAAUUGGACUUUUACCACUUAUUUUACUACGUCAGUAUUUAUUUGUUGUCAGUGUUUGCCGUAAAACUGGUGGCAGUUGUGAAAAAUGUCUAGUUCGAUAGGGUUGCAGAGUAAAUUAGGCUAUUUUUCUCUUCAACCAUAUGUUCCAUAUACUAAACUCAUGGGCACAAAAAAAUUAACACUGUAUAACAAUAUAAACAAAAUAUUCAGGUAUAAAUGACUAAAGUUGUUAUGCAUUGCCAUAGAUUUUCUGUUAAUUACCAAAAUUACUGAAGAUUCCGGUGAAGGAAAACACAAAAUGCCUAUUCCUCCAGAUAGUUGACACUAUAAUCCUUAGCCUGCAGAUAUGCAUUCCUAAAUUGUGUUCUUUUUGUGUCUGAAUUCCAUAGUUUCACAAGAGUUGCUCAGUGUUCCAUUAGCGUGUUCCAGCCGGUUCCAGGUUCUACCUCCCAGCCCUGAGCAACCGAGAGAGAGAGUAUCUCUGUCACCCUGGCGACGCUGGAGCCACAGGGUGGGGCUGAGCUAAGUCCUGGCAUCAUGGUGGUUACCGUGGCACCCAGCUCCGCCUCCAGCCCACAGAGCGAAGCAGUGACCAAUGAGCUUCAGGAGUUAACUCUGCAGCCCAUCUCCAACGACAUGCCUGUGCGAGACAGGAAGAACGUCCUCCAGCUCAAACUACAGCAGAGACGCACCCGGGAGGAACUGGUCAGCCAAGGGAUCAUGCCACCACUGAAGAGUCCGGCAGCCUUCCACGAGCAGCGGAGGAGUCUGGAGAGAGCCAGGACUGAGGACUAUCUGAAGAGGAAGAUCAGGAGUCGUCCUGAGCGCUCAGAGCUGGUCAGGAUGCACAUACUGGAGGAGACGUCAGCAGAGCCGUCUCUGCAGGCCAAGCAGCUGCAGCUGAAGAGGGCCAGGCUGGCUGAUGACCUCAAUGAUAAGAUCUCCCACAGACCUGGUCCUAUAGAGCUCAUCCACAAGAACAUCCUGCCUGUAGACCUGGACUGUCCUCUGCAACACUCACUACUGGAUUCUCCAAAGGGUGCAGGAGAGUCCUCAUUGGACGAGGACAGCAGUGAUGCGUUUUCUCCGGACACUCUAGCCAAUCACGACUCUCCACUGGGUGCUGUCUCCCAGCUGUCACCCUCUGACAUGCUCACUCAGAACGGGGACAUGUCCCCCUCACAGUUCCUUACCCAGGUCCUUCCUCCCCCUCCUCCGCUGUUGCUGAAUGACCAUGACUCCUUGCAACGACAGAAGCUGACCAAUGGGACAGUGACGCCAGUUGCUUCCCGCCCUGUCAGUGGUCAAACCAAGUCCAAGCCCAGCUUGGAGCGCCUCUCCCAGAGGCCUAAGAAGUCAAAAGACGUGAAGCCCAAGGUGAAGAAACUGAAGUACCACCAGUACAUCCCUCCGGACCAGAAGGCUGACCGGGAGCCUCCCCCUCAGCUGGACUCCACCUACGCCAAGAUCCUCCACCAGCAGCAACUCUUCCUUCAGCUGCAGAUCCUCAACCAACAGCAGCAGCAGCACUACAACUACCACACCAUCCUCCCAGCACCACCCAAACCACCUGCAGAGCAGCCAACUUCAACAAACCCCGGCCCCUCCCCUUCACGCAGUGUUCCCCCGACGACCCCGGCCCCUUCCAAUCAGCAUGGGCCAAGUCGUCAGAGCCAAACCCCUGUGGGAGGGGCCAAACCUUUGACGCUACCAGCCAACCUGGAUGACUUCAAAGUUGCUGAGCUGAAACAGGAGCUGAAACUGCGGAGUCUGACCGUAUCUGGCACUAAGAUGGACCUUAUCGAGAGGCUGAGGAACUACCAGGAGCAGAAUGGUGGAGGUGGAGCUGGUGUUACUGCGACUGUAACACCUAAACCCAGCCUAACAACCCCACAGCACGCCUCAACCCAACCUGCUGGCUUCACCAUCUCUGCCCCCUCCCAUGCAGGGACCAAUACCCUCACCCACCAAUCAGGAGAGGGAGGCGGGAAGAUACCUGCUUUCUCAUUGGCUCAGAGUGCUGCUCCAGCCCGUAUUAUGAGGUUUGGGAGUACAAACUCCUCCCCUCCUGUGUCUCCCACCCCGUCAGAACGGUCGCUGGCGGUAAUGAGCCCCGAUGAGACCAGCUGUAAUGGAGACUUAUUUGGGGAGAUGGUGAGCUCUCCCCUAACCCAGCUCAGCCUGCACCCUUCCCCAGCCUCCAUCAAAGAGGAGAACCAGGGUCACUUACCCACCUGCAGCCUCUCCCAGUCUCUGCUUUCACCCACUGCGCCUCAGCCUGCCACCCCACCUCAGGAGCCCUCAGGAGCCCCUGGGGCAGCCAUGGAGGCCUCCCCCUUGGACAAGGACCAGUUGCUCCAGGAGAAGGACAAGCAGAUUGAGGAGCUGACACGCAUGCUGAGGCAGAAACAGAGGCUGGUGGAGACCCUGCGCUCGCAACUGGAGCACGGGAAACAGACAGGAUUGAAAGAGAUGCAGGGUGUGGUGAUAAACGGUUAUGCCCAGGAGGCCCAAACCAAAACCACCUCCAUCAGAGCCUCAACCAUUCUCUAUCCCACUCUCACCAACGGAGAGAUGGUGAGGGUCAAGAAGGAGGUAGAGACGCAAGAAGAGAUGGAGGGGUUGGACGAAGCUCAGGCUAAGGGACAGCCUCAGCCGACACAGUGCUCCCAGCAGACUCUGCUCAAACUGCAGCAGAUCCACCGGAUACAGGUUCAACAACAGACACAACAACUACUUCAGACACAACAACAACAGCAGACACAACAGCAGCAGUCCCAACAGCUCCAGCAACAAAAACAGCAACAACAGACACAGCAGAUGCAGCAGCAGAAGACAUCAGCCCAGAUGCUACUCCAGCAACAGCAGCAGCUGCAGCAGCUGAUCAUCCAGCAGACUCAGCAGAAACAGCUCCAGCUGCAGCACAAACAGCUGCUGGCCCAGCAGAGGAAGCAGCAGAGACAGGCCCAGAGACAGCAGCAGAACAAACAACUGAGUCAGACCGUCACCACACAACAGGUCACUCCUGUCUUCAUCGGCCAACAGAAUGGCACGCAGGUCCCCGCCCAGACCUUCUCAUUGGACCUCCUCAAGUCGGGCACCACGCCCACCCUUGUCACCGACGGCAACGGCAACCACUACCUGAUAGCACUGACCAAUCACAAUGCAGAGGGCCAGAACGGCAUGACCUCAUUGGGCAAAACUAGUGGAUCACAACGCAUCACACUGCAGCGAUUGCAGUCAACUCCAGGCAAACUCCCCAGCCAAUCACCAGCUGAGAUACUCAGCUCUGACACUCAAUCAAAACAACAGUUACAACCAGGCCCUGUCAACCAGCCUAUCAAAAAGGAACAGAAGGCGGUUCUACAUCUGGAGACCAAUGGCAUGACCAAUGGAGUAACAGAGCCAAGUCAGUCUGUCUCCACUCCGCCCAAUCUCCAUCCUUUCUUUGACGAGGUGUCCAACUUGUCUGAAAGCCCAAGCACAGCUUCCCCCUUCCUCAAGAGAGAAGUGUGUCCGACCUUUGACCGGCACACAUUGUUCACCCCUCCCUCUCCUAAACAGACCUCUUUCUCCUCCACUCAACGCCUCAAAGAGAACGGCCUGAGCAGUCAACAGAUGGACGACCUGUUUGACAUCCUCUUGAAGAGUGGAGAAAUCUCUGGAUUCCGAGCAGACCCUUCCCUGGCCCUCCUCCACUCCAACCCCCCCACCCCUCCCUCGUCCCCUCUCCACCUGUCGCCCCCCACACCCCCUCCCGAGCCCGCCCUGCCCUCCCAGCAGCCAUUGCCCUGCCCAGGAAGUAGUCGUCUGGAGGAUUUCCUGGAGAGCACCACCGGCACGCCCCUCCUGGGAGUGGAGCCUGACGGUGCCCUGACUUUGAUUGACGACCUCCACAGCCAAAUGCUUAGCACCUCCAGCAUCCUGGACCAUCCCCCCUCCCCGAUGGACAUGGACACCAGUGACCUGGGCUUCUCCCCCCACCCAGCAGGGCUUGACUUCGGGGACCCAGCCCUGGACAGCAUGGACUGGCUAGACAUCUCCAUGGGAGGUGGAGGGGGAACGAGUCUUGCCCCUCUGGGCCCCCACACGCUCCCGAGUGUGUUCUCAGUAGACUUUCUGGACAGCUCGGACCUCACUCUGCACUGGGACUCCUGUUUGUAGCUUCUACGGAGUGAGGAGUGGUAAAGACUCACACACAAAGACACACGCUCACGCAUACUGCGUACAGGCUCUUAUCUCUCUCACGCAAACACUCUUACUCGAUAAGCAGGUCCACCACUCUGGAGGUUCACUGGCCCAGCCACAUUCACUGAGACCGGGGGCCUUGCCCUGCAUUCACUCUAGUUGGACAGGCUGAAGAGCAAAACUGACUUUAGAUCAGAGGCAGUGGGUGAGAGGUGGUACUGCAUUAGUGGAGCUUGGUCUAUGACACGCCCUUAUGGUGACAAAGGGUAAUACACGUGGAGGGCAGACCCAAAGUGUCAGUGGUGCCUGCACUGAUUGGUGGAAAGCUGUAAUGAACCAACCUCAUUGGUGGAAAAUAAUGAAUCGAACUUCAUUAGUGCAAACCAGAGGAGCGUUUACAAUGGUAUUUAAUGUUUAGCUCAAAGGAAACUGCACUGCACUGAACGACCAGUGGAAAAGCGGGUUGAUUAUGGUGGCCCAGAGGGAGGUUGUGUAUGGUGUGUGCUGCACGAGUUUAUACGAUUUUCAAAUGGUCACACCAAUAUUGAUCAACCACGCCUCGCUGCACUAUCCAAACAGAAGCAAAUGUACGUCAAAGGCUGUUGAACGGUACACGCCAUUUUGGGGAAGCGUGUCCGCCACGCAACGUAGCAAACAUUGUAUUGAAUUGAACGCACCCCAAUUGGUGAAAUGAACCUCAUUGGAGGAGGCAGUUGCUGGAGGUGUUUGCUAGACCACUAUGCAUUUCUGUAUGUGGGGGGUGUAUUAUUGAUUGUCCAUGUUUUUCUUCCCAGUUGCAUAGAAUUGCAGGUGGGGAAUAAAGUGGUCAUGUCUUGGUUUCCAAACAACUUGGACCUUAUCAUUUUAUAUGAAAAAAAAUGUAUAAAAAAUUAAAUAAACUUGAAAAUAUG